UCAAGCAGUCGAAUUGAUUGGGAUCUGUCAGAUAUUUUUUACAAUAGUUUAGUUUUAUAUGAUUUCACAAUGUGUGGAGGUUUUACGUGUUCCAAGAAUGCUCUUAUUGCAUUGAAUGUUUUAUACAUAAUUGUGGCGUUUAUUUUGAUUGGGGUUGCAGUUUAUGGAAGAGCAGCAUCCCUUGUUACGAAUCUACCUAUUGUAGGGGGUAUCCUUGCCUGUGGGAUCAUCUUAAUACUGAUAUCCGUACUGGGGCUACUGGGUGCCGUGAAACACCAUCAAGUAAUGCUGUUUUUCUACAUGGUGAUUCUGUUUUUACUGUUCCUCAUCCAAUUCUCUGUAGCUUGUGCUUGUUUGGGGGUAAACAGGGAACAACAGGAUCAAUUGGCCGAACAAGGAUGGCAAAGAGUAGAUAAUAGUACCAGAAUGAACGUGCAGGAGGUGUUUCGGUGCUGUGGGUUCGACAGUAAAGUCGAUACUAAAGUUCCUCCUCCAUCGUGUGAUGAUAUUUGGCCAAAGUGUUGUCCCAAUCCAGCCGAUACGACUUGCAAAUGUCCCAACUGUAUGGAUAAAUUGCAAAACACGAUAAACUACGCUUUCAAGUUGUGCGGUUGGAUAGGCCUAUUCUUCAGUUUUACCGAGAUAGUAGGUCUCUUCCUGACUCGGCACUACCGUAACCAAUCGGACCCGGACGAGAAAAUAGCAACCGCAAUUUUUCCAAGACACAAUUUUACCUACUGAUCUAGUCAUUUUGUUCAAACGUUAGUUUAAUGCGACUUCUUUGCCAUACCAAAGAUACACUUUCCCUUUUUUUUUAAAUGUACGUUAUUUAUAUAUCCGUACAAUCAAGUGUUUGAUAAAUAAAAGUUACAAUAAUCAGUUUUUGGACUUCACAAUGGAUUUGUUUUUGUUACGCAAUCGUUUUAUAGUAUUGUGUAGUUUCGUAACUUCGACUAGGUGGUUAAUGAGUUUUAACCUACACCAAUUAUAACAUUUUAUACCUUUGAUAAUGUAAUGUAGGCGGAAAGAAUGUGAGUAUUGAGGAAAAAAUGUAUUACGAUAUUGGCUGUGCACAUUUGAAGUAUUAAUAAUAAUUCGUGAUUUUAUCAAGAGGUGUCAGUAAAUGGAUUAUGUAAUGUACAAUGCAUCAUAUUUUGUUAUUAUUAAUGAUAUAAUGUUUUGGUUUCCACCAACGUUAGCCACAUUUUUUGGGAGAAAUCGUUACUAAACAAAAUGUGGUGUUAUUGCUGUAUGUAGUUGGCUAUGAAGGGAAACAGUAAACAUACAACAAUGACAUCAUAUUUUGUUUAGUAGUGCAUUUAUUUUUAGUCAUGGCUAUCUACUUUUUUGAAUUUGGAAAAGCACAGAAGGACCUUUUUUAACAAUUACACCCGUUGCACACAUGCCGGAACCAGCUAACCUGAUCCGGUUACCCGGCAGCAAGGUGUACAGAGUCUUAUGGCAGCUUUCACACGUGACGGAAGAAGCUAUCCGGCGAAUGGCCGCCGGGUUGUAGCCGGUCGCCGUGUACCGGCUAUCCGGCGACCGAAAUGGUAGUAGUGCAUAGUUUUGUAUUGACGCUUUGCCAGGUGCUUGCCGGGUUCAGUCAUUCGGUUUAAUUGAAAAGAACAGGACGUGUCAAUUAUUUUUUUAAAUAUUUGUACGCAACUAUGUCGAAUGUUUGUUCGCUAGAAGUAGAUAUAGCAUUCUUUAUAUCACUGCUUGAAUCCGGACCUGUCAAGUGGGACAAAACUUUAGCCUUUUCAUAUUUUUUGGAUAUUUUUCAUAUUUUUUGUUUUUUUUUUAUUGCGACAUCGGCAAUAGCCAAGCCACAUAAUUGCAAUGCGUCUACGAUUCAUCUCUUGUCGUGAUAAAAAUGCAAUUGAGACUAAUAUCGGCCAAACCGGUUUGAAAAUUAAAUUACGUGUGAAAGAGCCAGCCGGAUCCGGCAAGUGUGCAACGCGGCUUAGGUUAUGGCAAACUAUCGUUUCCAUUUAAAAAAUGUAACUUUGUCUUGUGAGUAAAAAAUCGUCUGAGUUAUUAAAAAAGUAAGUGUGGUAGAUAGUGUUAUCGUUUCUGGAAAAAAGAAAUUUGGAUAUUUUUUCCUGUAAUUUGAAAAAUGGAAAAUAUUAACGAUCUGUUUUGACCUAAAGAUAUCUGUCAAAAAAUUGAGCAAGCUUCACAACUUUCUGACUGUAAUAAUAAUCUAGAUGACAUCGAAAAUAGGAUGCUUUGUACAAUUCAAUAUAGUGGUUUUAUAUAAUUUUAUUUUUUUAAUUCAUAAAUGAAUAAAAUUGCGGAUGAUAAAUCAAGGAAACAAUGAAAUAAUUCUUUCACUUUUUUUUUUUGUAAAGAAGAACAAAAAAGAAGGAACAAGUAAAUACAGGGUGUCCCAAUGUAUAUGCCAUUUACAUAAUAACUAAAAAACAAAUAAUUCCAAUAUCUUCUAUUAAAUCUACCCAUGUAAGUUUUUUAAAAACGUAACUUCUUUAAAAUUAUGCACCCAAAGCCUGCUACGAUUUCUUUCAAGUGCAAAUUUUAAAAAAAUAUUUUUUCUCACACUUCAAAACGGUUUUAUAAUACAACAGUACAUUUAAACUUAUUUUAUUUAUGUUGUUCUUCAUUUAUUUAAUCCUUCCUGAUUUAGGGUCAUUUGUUUCCAACUGUCGAGUAAAUUUAAUUUUCAAUCGAAUCUAUGCCUGUCUAUAUUUUGUAUGAGGCCAGGCACAGAUUAAAUUGGAAAUAAAUUUAUUAGGUGAACAAAAACAAAAAAAAAACUGGAUUUAAUGUUGCACAUUGAGU